AUGGAGUUCACAGCAGAAGCUCCCCGAGAUCCACACUCUUUAAGAUGCAGUUUACAAGAAGCAGAGGAACAGAUGAAGACGACAAACCGAAAAAUCCAGGAGAUUCAUAAGAGAAUAGCCAAUAAAGAGGACGAAAUAGCCUCCAACAGGUCGACCCUCAACGUGCUGAAGAGCUGCAAUGAAUCGUUCAGAUAUGGUGUUGCCUGGAGAAAGGAGACACUGGACCAUCUCCAUCUUGCCCUGGACAAGCUGAGCUUUGCAAACAAUGCAUACCGAGACAAUGUCACAAAGCAUUCGUUCUUAGGAGAGGAAGAAAUCGAUUACCGGAGGAUGAACUUCAAAAUGAUGCAUGGAAAGAAAAGCAUCCAUGCAGAGAGACGAGUCGCGAGGGAAAUUAAAACCAAGGAAGGAGAGGAGUCUCACUGUUCCAUGUCCUCGCUGGAAGAUGUUCACUCCAAAAUCAGAGGAAUACAGUUCAGGGUGAGGUGCUAUAGUAACGUCAAUGGUAAAGAGGAGCUUCUCAGACAGCUGAAACAACUUGAAAUGGAGAAGGAGAAAGUUAUUGCCAACUGUGUUGCAGGGGAGAAGAUAUGGAGAUCUUUGGGUUCGAGAAACGCCAUUCAAGAACAAAUUGGUGCCAAGCAUAAGGAAGCAGAGGAGUCAAGGUGGGAACACUGGAGAGUGCAGAAGGACCGAGACAGCAUCCGCUGGAAGCUGGAAGGCUUGAAGAUGAGUGACAGAGGGUUCAGAUUUGGUGUCAUCGACAGGAAGAAAAAGUUGGAUCUACUGCAGCAAUCUCUGGACAAGCUGAGUUUCGCGAAUCGGGCUUACCAAGAUAGAAGAAGCAUUAGAGCAACCACAAUGGAAAAAGAAACCCAUUACCAUAAAAAACAGCUGCUGAAUUUCCGAAUGCAACAUGGAAGGAAGAGCUUGGCUGCAGAGAGAAGACUCUUGAGAGAGACCAAGGAAUGCCGGAAACACGGUUCUGCUACUGCUAGUUGUUCAUGGGGAUCAUUUGAAGAACUUAAUACUGUAGUAAAGGGCAAGAACGAGAUUCGAAGUCAAAUCCAAGCGAUACAAGGAGAAUCAGAACAAGCGAGGAAGGAACAUGUGGAAGUGAAGAGUAAGAUUCAGCGUUUGUUGAAAGAGCUUCAGCUGGUCGAAUUGGAGUUGGGCUGUCUGCAGAAGCGGUUGCUGGAGCUAUGCUUCACAAGACAGGAAGAAGAAGAAGGAUUCCAGGUUUAUCCAUCUUCCCGUGCUCUACUCUAUAUGAGAGUAUUGGAGGUACAAAACCAACGCACAUAUAGAGCUAAAAGAGAUUCAAGAGAAAUUAUACACUGAUAAACA